AUGAUUGGUCAACCAAAUCUUCUCAACAACUUCAAUGGUGAUUAUCAGACCAUUGGUUUUGGUAAUUAUGGUUAUGGAAUCUAUACACAAGGUAGUGGAAUGUAUGUCAAUCCAUGGAAUGGACAUAUUGGCGUUGAGCGUGAAAUAGAUUUUACUCCAUUAGAUGUAUAUCAUUAUCAACCAAUCACGGGUAUUCCAGUAUCUAUUCGUCAACAUUAUAUUAAUGAUGAUCGUUUUCAACCAAAAGAACUUUUUCUUAAUAAUUACAAAGAAGUUCUUCGUUAUCACCAUCGUCAAAUAAUAUCAAUUCAUUCAUACGGUGAAAAUACAAGUAAAAUAAUUUCAAUAAUUAAAUCUAAUCUAUCAUUAUUUCAAUCUCUUCAAUCACUUAAUCUUUAUCCUAUUGAAUCAAAUAUUUUAUCAUCACUUAUUCAUCAAUUAGGUUCUUUAUCUAAUUUAUAUUCAUUAACAAUUGAUCUAUGGGCUAAAGAAAAAAAUCAUACUAAUAUUUAUCAAUUAAUGUUUAAUCUACCAAAAUUAAAAUAUCUUAAAUAUGGAUCAUUUGAUAGCUUAGAUUUUAAUAUAGCUCUUUCAUUACCAAUCGCAACUGAUCAACAAAAAACAUCAAUUGAAUAUUUUAUUAUGGAUCAUGGUUGUUCUAUUAAAGAUCUUUUUACUUUGUUAUCAUAUACACCGCAAAUAUCGUUAUUUAAAAUUUUCAAAUCCUAUUGA